GGUAUGGGGGUGAUCAGGACACUGGUAUGGGGUAUGGUGGUGAUCAGGACGCUGGUAUGAGGUAUGGCUAUGAUCAGGACACUGGUAUGGGGUUAUGGCGGUGAUCUAGAACGCUGGUAUGGGGUUAUAUGGCGGUGAUCAGGACACUGGUAUGGGGUAUGACGGUUAUCAAAACGCUGGUAUGGGGUAAUAUGGCGGUGAUCAGGAUUGCUGGUAAUGGGGUAUGGUGCCGAUCAGGGCACUGGUAUGGGAGUAUGGCAGUGAUCAGGACACUGCUAUGGGUCUGGCAGGGAUCAGGACGCUGGUAU